AAAAAUUACCUAGUAGAUAAUAUGCUAUAUCAUAAUCGCGUAAUAUGUUUGGUAUUCAUUUUUUAUGUUUAUGUAAACAGGGCAUUGACUCGAUAUUACAGUAAAUUGGGGUUCCGCACAUAUGAGGGGGUGUGGUCAGGCUUGCUUGGUGCGCUCUUAGACCGGUCUGUGGACAUUGCUCUAGAGCCCGUUACUGACCAACCGUCGCGUCAGCAAGAUAUGGACUUUAUUUUUCCGAUUUCUGAAACAAUGUACAAUAUCUACAUACGAAAUCAGGAAACCUCUUCUGUGCGAGAUAUAUUCUUGGCGCCAUUCAGUCCACGUCUUAUUGUAUGUGUUGUGGCAGUCGUCGUUAUAGCUGCUUUGGCCAUAGUACUUGUAUGUAAAUUGUCGAAUAAUAAUUCGAAGAAUAAAUCACAUAAAAUGAGUUGCACGGAGGCUCUCAUUUGGUCAACAGGAAUUCUUUGUCAACAAGGAGGAACAUGGACGCCGUCCCACCCAGCUGCGAGUAUUUUGCUGAUCGUGUGUCUCUUCUUCGCGGUAGUGACGUAUAAUGCAUAUGCGGCCUUUAUAACGUCUGUGUUAUCUGUCCGCGUCGCAAAUGUCGGCACAGUCGCUGAUGUGUUGCAGUCACCUAACAUGAAAAUCGGAUAUAUACGAAACGGGGCCGAUCAAACGUAUCUAAUGUCUACGAAAGACGUACAAUUGAAUGCGUUUUACAUACGUGGGUAUUCGGAAGCAGAGAACCUAGUAUCAUCAGCUGAAGAGGGCCUGGCGCGCGCGGCGAGCCAGGACUACGCCUUCUUUGCUGAACAACGUUCAGCACGCUCCACUCUUGAUUGUCUAAGUAUCCCAGUUCGUGAAAUACAGAUAGAUAUAAUAACAAUAAGGUCACUCAGUCAAGCCCGCGGUCGAUGCGCUUUACGUGAACUGCCGGUACACUCUACAAGAUCUCAGCUGUCCUUUCCGUUGCCAAGGAGAUCGCCCUAUGCUAAACCUAUACUUGUCAGCCUGCUUCAAUUGCGUAGCAGUGGAACUCUCUCGAAGCUGGCUGCUACGCUAGUGCCUGCCAUGCCCCAAUGUGCUCCUCCAUCUGGAUUCGCCUCCGCGAGAGCAGCUGAUGUCCGGACGGCCUUUCUUGUCAUCGUAACUGGCUUAAUUGCUGCUUUUUUCGUCGGUAUUGGGGAAUAUUGUUGGAAGAAUCGGAAACAAAAUAGGAUAGAAUUAGAGAAAUGCUAUUGCCGUUUAUGGAAAUUACUUUGGUAGGUGUUAUAUUCCUUAAAU